AUGGCAGAAACGAAGCCGCCUCUUCCCUCAGCAAUACAAGACGCUAUGAGGAUAGCGGACAUGCAGAGACUGGGAGGGGAAUAUAUUGGAGCGGGAGGUACUGGCGCUGUCUUCUUGAUCAACGGCGCUGCAGUGAAAGUUGCUUACAAUGAAGAUUACUGUGUGAAAAUCCAACAUGAAAAGAAUGUCUUCGAGCGUCUCGGCAAUUGUGACAGAGUGAUUGAGUGCUUCGAUCUUCAAGCCCCGGGCAUCCGAAUGACUUACAUGGCAAACGCUGAUCUUCGUCAAUUCCUCGCGCGAAACCGAACCCUUGACUUCCCACCUCCCACACUACAGCUUUCCUGGUUUUGUCAGAUGGCUCGCGCUCUUGCCGCGGUCCACGAGCGCCGCGUCCUUGUCGCUGAUAUCAGCGCUCGAAACUUCCUUGUUGACAAAGACCUGUCGAUCAAAUUAUCCGACUUUUCGGAGUCAUCCAUUCUCGAUAUCGACUGCGACAUCCAGACCUGUGACGAUAAAGGCUACACUAUACAUACAGAAAUUGGCCAACUAGGUGCUGUCUUCUACGAGGUCAUUACAGGAGACAAGUGCAGCUUUGAUCUUUAUAAACACCAACUUCAUGGUGCCUCGAUCGCCGAAUUCCCACUAAGAGAAGACCUUCCGAGCACCCAGGGGCUCUGGCUAGGACAUAUUAUCGAGAAGUGUUGGAACAAGCAGUACGCGACCUGCCAUGAGCUCUCUACCGCACUCGAGUCAGAGGAACUAGUGAGAGAAGAGAAGGACCGGUGGGACAAGGCUCACAUCAAAGAGCUGGUGUGGCCGGUACGGACGUGCUCACUAUCCGCCAAACUCAGAGCAGCUACUGAAGCGCUGCCACAGAGUCGAUUGUUACAGAUCCUGCCUGUCACAUCUGCCAUCGCUCUUGGGUCGUCGGCCGUGCUAUCUCUCCUCCUGUUGUCUUUCCUCCGCCGGAAAAGCUGA